AUGGCAAGAGAAAGGAUUAAUGUAACUCACCUAUCUACAAUCAAUCACAUGCUCACCACAAUUUUCCAAGUCAAGAAAGCUAAUCUGGAUGUUGUUGUCAAUGAUAAAGAAGCACACUGCAGAAAUGGCCUCUCGACUCUCGACUCUCGAGUCUCGAGUCGUGCUCUAAUAAUUCUUUGA